AUGAACAAACAAAAUUACUCUGAGGUGUCUGAACUUGUGUUCCUGGGUCUUUCUUCUUAUAGACCAAUGCAGCAUUUACUUCUUGCCUUCUCUGCAAUGUUUUAUGUAACAAUUGUUCUGGGAAACCUCAUGGUUGUGCUUACAGUGACAUUUGAUCCUCAUUUACAUACUCCCAUGUACUUCCUGUUAGCCAACCUCUCAUUUAUUGACUUGUGUCUCUCUACCCUAACAGUUCCUAAGAUGAUUUCUGACUUGUCCUCUGGGCACAGAACCAUAUCCUUCCAGGGGUGCAUCAUGCAGAUAUUUGUUCUUCAUGCCCUGGGUGGGUCUGAGAUGGUCCUGCUCAUAGCCAUGGCUUUGGACCGUUAUGUGGCCAUCUGUAAGCCCCUCCACUACCUGACUAUCAUGAGUCCAAGGAUGUGCAUUUUGCUUCUGUCUGGUGCUUGGGCUGUUGGUCUCAUUCACUCUGUGGCACAGUUAGCUUUUGUUGUUCAUUUGCUUUUUUGUGGCCCUAAUGAGAUAGACAGCUUUUACUGUGAUCUUCCUAGGUUUAUCAAACUUGCCUGCACAGACACCUACACACUGGAGUUCAUGGUUGCUGCCAACAGUGGGUUCAUUUCCAUGGGCACCUUCUUAUUAUUGAUUAUCUCCUAUGUCUUCAUCCUACUCAGUGUAUGGAAAUGCUCUUCAGCUGGCUUGUCCAAGGCUUUCUCUACUUUGUCUACUCACAUCACUGUGGUGGUUUUGUUCUUUGGACCAUGCAUCUUUGUCUAUGUGUGGCCAUUUCCUACAGUGCUGGUGGAUAAGUUUCUUGCCAUUUUGGACUUCAUGAUUAUACCCAUCCUGAAUCCUGCCAUUUACACUUUGAGAAACAAGGACAUGAAAAUGGCAAUGAAGGGACUGAGUUGUCAACUCUUGAAUUUGAGGAAGAUACGCCCAAUAACUAGUGUGAAUAGAUGUUGCAUUGUGUGUAUUCCAACCACUUUAAGACAAAUGUUUAUAUAA